GAUGACAAACUCGGUUAAACUACUCGAAGAGAUUUACGUUCAAAAUUGUAAUUUAACUAUUCAUAGUAUUGAAAGUUUAGCUCAAUUGACAAAGAGGCAACGGUUAUUAAAGAUUAUUGACGUUUCAUUUAAUAAACUCGGUGACGCUGGUGGAUCUAUUUUAUUCAAUUCGUUAACAAACAAUAAUAAGGAUUUGAAUGAAAUUUACCUCAAUUCUUGUAAUCUAGGAGUAACGGCUUGCGAUAAAUUAUCCAAAGCGCUUAGUAGACAACCUCUAUUAAAGAUUUUAAAUGUUUCUAAUAAUGUAUUGGACGAUGAAGGAGCUCUUGUCUUAUUUACAUCUUUAGCCGACUAUAAUAGGAAUUUAGAGAAGCUUUUCAUUAGAAAUUGUAAAUUUGGAAUAUUUGGAUUAAAGAGAUUAAUUAAAAAUAUGAAAAUAUUGAGAAAUCUUUAUGUUUUAGAUAUAUCUGAAAACUACUUUCUGGAUGAGGAAAUAUCUCAAUUACUGACAACGAUAAUCCAGCACGGAAAUAUUUGUGAGUUGUAUUUAAAAGGCGUUAAACACGUUCGUCAAAGAAUUCAAGUGACAUUAUCAAUAAUUAAUAGAAAAAUUAAUAGUUUUAAUGUUAAUCGUACGGACUUUUAUAGAUAUUUAAUAAAAUAUCAAGCGAAAUUCCAUCAAUUACCAAUAAGAGGAUAUAAUUUUGGUUUGAUGUCAUCCGACAAACUAUUCGACGCUAUUUCUACACUAAACAACCUUAAAGUAUUAGAUUUAUCUUGUAAUAUUAUUGAGAAUAACUACGAAUUAAUAAUACCAUUUGUUAUCAAUUAUCAAUUGGGUCAAUUGGAGAAACUUUACCUAAGAAACUGUUACUUAGGCUGUACAGAAGUGGAAAAAUUUCUACAAACGAUUAAAAUGCAGCCUUUAUUGAAAAUAUUAGAUAUUUCUAACAGUAUAAUCAACGCUAACAAUGGAGCAUCAACGAUAUUUGAGAUCAUUAGUGAAUUCUCUCAUCUAGAAAAUUUAUAUAUAAGAAAUUGUCAUCUUAAUCAGAAUGGAAUUAAAAGUCUUAAUCAAAUAUUUACUAAUCAAAUUCAAUUAAGUACAUUGGACUUAUCAUUUACGGAUAUAAAAGAAAAGGGAGCAAUAAGUCUGUUUGAAUCGAUCUCAUACUCUUGUAAUAAUAUUCAAGAAUUAUAUUUAAAAGCUUGUAAAUUUCAUUCGUCUGGCGCAAAGAAAUUGGGUAAUGCCUUAAAAAACCAACAUAAACUAAGAAUAUUAGAUAUCUCUUAUAAUAAAAUUGGCAAUGACGGUGCAGUUUAUCUAUUCAAAUCAAUGAAAAUGUCAAAUCUUUGCCUAGAAGUUUUAAUUAUAGACAAUUGUUUAAUUGGCUUUGAGGGAAUUAACGAAUUAAGUAAACUAAUUGAAUGUUUAGAUAGUUUGAAAUGUUUAAAUGUUUCUCGAAAUCCAAUUAAAGAUGAGGGAGGAGCAUUACUUAUCGAUUCUAUUUGCACUAACAAUAUAUACCUAGAGGAGCUUCGUCUGUGUAAUUGUAAAAUUGGAAGGACAUCAGAUCAAAGUCUAUCAAUUGCUAUAAAGAGUCUAUCCUAUUUGAAGGUACUUGAUGUUACUCAAAAUAAAGAUUGCAACUUUAAGGAAUUUCUCAAUUCACAACAUCGUAACUGUAAUUUAAACGAAAUUCGUAUUGAAUCAUCAGCUUUUGAUCAAUUUGUAAUAAUGGAAACAUUUGCUCAAUUAGUCGGAAAUCAAUCAAAAUUGGCUAUAUUAUCUUUAUCGAAUAGCAGUAUAACAAACGAAACGUUAGAGAUGCUUUUGGUAAUAUUAUCUAUGAAUUCUGAUAAUCUGGAAGAAUUUUAUCUUUGUAAUUGUAAUCUAACUAGUAAAUGCUCAGAAAUUCUAUCGAUUUAUAUUAAAUUGUUUGAUCGAUUGAAGAUACUCGACCUUUCCGAAAAUCCAUUCGAAGAUGAAGGAUCAUCAUUCUUAUUCAAAUCUCUAAUAGAUUUUAAUAAUAACCUGGAAGAAGUAUCUUUAAUUAAUAAUAGAUUUACAUCAAUUGCAAUGGUAUAUCUGUUCGAAGCUCUACCUUCUCUCAACAACUUACGAUUAAUUGAUCUUUCCAAUAAUAAACUACAGACGCCUUUAACCUUUAAUCUUUUAUUUUCAUUAAACAAUAUCGAAGAAUUAUAUCUAGCAAAUUGCGAUAUCGAUUCAGCCGAUUCUUUGCAAUUUCAGUACUCAUUUCAAAGAUUAAAAUGCCUAAGGAUAUUAGAUAUUUCUCAUAAUCGAAUUGGAGACGAUCUGUCAGCCCUCAUUCUACACUUUAUCGCCGAACACUGUAAUAGAAUUGAGGAACUUCAUAUUCAAUACUGUAAUAUUGAAAUGGAAGAGGCAAGAAAUCAUUUGCUAUUACUAUAUGAAAAUGAAUUUCGUGUAGUUCUUAAAAAUGUUGUUACCUUUAUCGAGUUUUGUAAUGAAUUAAUUACAAAAAAUAUAUUAACUAUUGAUCAUUUAGAUAAAUUCAAAAAUGAAAUUGAUAAUAAGGGAGAGUUUGUUGCUGAUGACCUAUUUAAAGAAUUAUUUAAAAUAUUAAUAAAUACUAGAACCGAUUGGAUUUUAAUUUGUCUUAUGAAAACUCAACAAGAACAAUGCACCGAAUUGGCUUUUGAGAUUGCUAAUACUUGGAAAAGGAUUAUUGAAGAAUUAAUGAAUAAAUUCAAAACAGAUUAUUCAACUGUACCAAUAUCCCCAUUCGAAAAUGGUAAUCCUAUACCGGUUGAAAGAGUUCUUACGCCUAUGACGAUAAUAAAGGUAAACAAAACUCUUUUAGAUGAAAAACUUAAUAAAAGCUUCGAAGAGAGUUGGAAUUUUUUAUCAAUAAUUAACGAUGAAUGCAAGAGAAUUAUUGUAAGAGGUCCACCAGGGAUUGGUAAAACUGUUCACAUGCGUAAAUUAGUAAGCUGGUGGGCAAACUCCACGAGUCAAAAACCCCAUUUAGAAAUGGUUCUUCCCCUUACUUUGAGGAAGGUUAGAAAAGGUCAGCGUUUUAUAGACGCUAUCUGGGAGCAAAAUAAUUUUCACAAAAUUCCUAAACUGAAUAAAGAGGCAUUUACGUACUUCCUAGAAUUAAAAGCGUCUAAAGCAGAAACGAGAAAUAAAAUUGUCUUCUUUCUGGACGGAGCCGAUGAAUUUUACGAGAAAACUAGUGAAGUCUACGAUAUUCUAAAUGGUAAGUCCUUUCCGUUUCCCAUAAUUGUUUGGUCUAGAGAAUGGAGAGCUCAUCAAAUCGAACUGACCUACGACGCUAUCUUUCAAUUAUGCGGUUUUAAUGAGAAACAGUUGGAACUGUACUAUAUUAAGUGCCUGGACGAGGAACGUGGAAGAGAAUUAGUUGCAUAUUUGAAAAGGGAAAAAGAGGAUCUUUUCAGAGUUUGCUCCACUCCUCUUUUAGCUUUAAUAGUUUGGCUAGUUUGGAAAGAACCCGGAAAUGAAUUAUCAGUGAAUCAUUACCUAAUCUAUGAGCAAUUUGUCAACGUUCUUUGUUCAAAAAUGAAUAUAAAUAGAAAGACAAAGAAAUUUAAGAAAACUUUAGAAUUUUGCUAUGAAUUAGCGUACGAUAAUUUAGGAAAGGAGCGGAUUAUCUUAAAUGAGAACAAAAAGGGCGCAGAUCGCCUACAGCACGCUGUUAAUUAUUUAGGAGGACUUUUAAGAGUGAUAAAGAUUAAUUAUACAAAUGAACAAUUUCAUUCUUGCUCCCAAGAAUUUCAAUUCUUCCAUCUAACGAUCCAGGAAUAUUUUGCCGCAAAAUACAUCAUUAGCAAAUCAAAUCAGGCCUUAACCGAUCUCUUGGCGCCAUUUUGCUGCGGACAUUUCAACUUCUUAUCUCAAUUAGGAAAGCGUCUGACAGACGAUGGAAACGUAUACACAAUGUUAAACGUUUUAAGAUUUGUUAGGGCGUUAAAUAGACAAAUCUAUGACAAACUCGUCAAAGAUAAUAGAGAACUCAGACGUAUACUAGAUGGCGUCAGUGACACAAUUAGAAAAAUCAUCACCGAUGGUCCUACUGAUCAUAGUUUAAUUGUACGAGACGAAGAGUUAUCUAAUGCAAUAGUAAAACUAUUAGUCAAUAAAUAUUGGCAUCUAAUUCAAAAUAUAACUCUAAUUAAUGCAAAGGCUAAUUGGAGGUUUUUGAUCAAACAAACGAAAAGUAUUUCGUUUAAAAACCAUCUUCAAGUCUUGGAGAUAAAGAGUAACGACGCCCUUUACAUACUCUUGAAAUUCUUAGAAGUUUUUGAAAGCAUCGAAACUAUACAAAUGGAAAACAAUAGUACAAAGUUAACCUUUUGUGAAAGGAGACUAAAAAUAAAAUCAUAUGGAUGGAAUGAGCCUGAAGUGGAUUCUCUAAUGACCUUUGUCAGCCUGCUUAAUGAUAUACGAUCUAUGAGGAUCUCAGUUAAGAAAACAGAAAGCAAGUUCAUUCCCAAGCUACUAGAUAGCCUUAGAUAUCCUAACAAAAUAAAAGUUAUUGAUUUAUCCAAUUCUUACUUGACAAUAAAUACAGAGUUAGGAGGUAAUGAUCUAACAGAGGAGGUUGUUAGAAUAAUUAAAAACUUUACACAUAUAGAGGCUGUUUACUUGUCAAACAAUAACAUCUUCGAUCAAAGUAUUGCCGAAUUGUUUAAAGCCUUAUCCCAUCCAAAGAAUAAACUCUAUCAGCUGAAGGUUAAUAAUUGUUGUUUUAGAUCGUACGGAGCUGAAAAAUUGGCAAAAGAAAUGAUUAACUUGACUAAUUUAAAGAUACUUGACAUUUCCGAUAAUAAAAUUGAUAGUAAAGGCUCCAUUACCCUAUUUAAAGCGUUGAACAACUGUAUAAAUAAUCUUGAAGAAUUACAUUCGAGAAGAUGUAAUAUUGACUGGAAAGGAGGAGAAAGUUUAGCCGACGCUCUUCGAAAUUUCAAAAAAUUGACAAUUAUUGACAUCUCAUUUAAUCCCAUUGGUACUAGGGCUAUAAAUAAAAUUCUAGAAUCUAUUUAUCGAUUUAAUUCAAGAAUGGAAAAACUAAAUAUGGAAUCAUGUCGUUUUGAUGGUGGAAGUACUGUAUUUUUAGCAGCAGUAAUUGAGAAAUUAACAAAUUUAACGUACUUUAAUAUAUCCGGAAAUAUCAUGAAUAAAAUGUCACUGUUAAUCCUCUUCGAAUCAAUGGCUGUGUCAUUGAACGAAUUCAAGGAACUAUGGUUAAAUGACAUUAAUUUAUGGGGUGAUAGUGUGAAACCCUUACUUCCUUUUCUCCAACGCCAGUUGCAUAUUGAAGUUAUUCAACUUUCCAAUAACUAUCUAAGUGAUACAGGAGUAUAUAAUUUAUUUAAAACAAUGAGUGACUUUAACAUUUAUAUAAGGGUACUUGAUAUUUCCAACUGCAAUUUGGGAGUUGCAGGAGCGGAAUACUUGGCAGAAGCAAUUAAAAAUCAAUCUUAUCUACAGCAUUUAAACGUUUCUUUCAACGUUAUUGAAGAUGAAGGUGCUGUUGUACUAUUUAAAUCUGUUGCUCUAUUUUGCAAAAGUCUUCAGCUAUUGAACGUUGAAAAGUGUGGCUUUGGACUAUACGGUGCUGAGUGUUUGGCUUUAGUCAUUCUAAAGUUAUAUUCUCUACGUACUUUGAUCUUUUCGCAAAAUAUUGUCGGAGAGAAAGGAGGAGAACUUUUAUUUAAAAUGCUAUCAAAAUCAUCUUGUAAUCACUUGAAGGAACUACGUUUCAGAGCUUGCCAAUUAAGAUCAUCGGGAGGAGAACACUUUGCCAAAGCCCUAUAUAAUCUCGAUUCCCUUAAGAUUUUGGACUGUUCAUCAAAUUAUUUUAACGAUCAGACUUCGUCACUGAUACUAGAAUCUAUUGCUGCCUAUUGUAACAAGCUUGAAAUACUACUUAUAGAAGACUGCCAAUUAAGCUCUAACACCUUUAAUAAAUUGAACAAGAUUUUCAUAACCCAAUUAAACUUGAAAAUACUUAAUAUUUCCAAUAAUCCAAUUGAAAAUAAUAUGGACGAUACAUUGUUCUAUUCUUUUCCUAAAUCUUCUUCCUUCCUCGAAGAAAUUCAUCUUCAAAAGUGCGAAUUAAAUGUUAAUAGUAUCCGACAACUCUGUUAUACAAUUCAACAUAUAACAACUUUAACUUAUUUGAACAUUUCCAAUAAUCAUUUAGAGGAAGAGGAUGCCAAAUACCUUUUUAAAGUAUUAUCAGACUCUAAAAACAGACUAGAAGUUCUUCUUUUGCAGAAUUGUUCACUUAAAGAAGGAGGAAUUGAUGGUCUGGCGGAAGUUUUAAAAAAACAAACACUUUUAAAAACCUUAAAUAUUUCCUACAAUCAUAUAAGUAAUCUCUCAGCUCUAAGCCUAUCGAAGAGUUUAGCGUGCUUUUGCAAAGAAUGCUGUAAUUUACGGUUGACGAAUACUUUUUCCGGUUCAAAAGCUACUGAAACAAUUGUAAAGCUUAUAAUUCGAUUGCCUAAUCUAAGAAUAUUAGACUUAUCCCUGUGUAAAUUGGAAAACGACGGAGCAAUAAACUUAUUCGAAUCGUUAUACGAAUCAAACAUUAUACUGGAAGGAUUCCAUUUGAGACACUGUAAUUUUGACUCUCACUCAAUGCCAAGCUUAAUAAGAGCUCUUGAGAAACAGCAUCUUUUAAAAAUAUUGGCCUUAUCUUAUAACAAACUUGGUAAUAAUAGCAUUAUUUCUCUAUUCUACUGUCUUAGUAAUUUUAAUUCGAAUCUUAACGAAUUACAUCUUCAAGGAUGUGGAAUAGAAAUAUUAACAACGCAAACUUUUAAUCUUCUCUUAACGGAGCAAUCAUAUCUUAAAUUGUUAAAUUUAACGGACAAUCCAAUAGGAGAUGAAGGAUUUGAAAAUUUUAUUGAAUCAUUCAAACAAUCGUGUAAAUAUUUAACUUUUCUUGGACUUGAUCAGUGUGGAAUAAACAAUUUGGACCAAAAGUUAUCAAAAGAAUUGCCCAAGGCUAAAUUUUUACGAAAAUUAACGUAA